AGGUGUUCGGUUAGUGCGCCCCUCCUAUCCGCUCGCGUCCGCGUCGCGAUGCAUUCGCAUCCGUUGGCCGCACGAGCCAUCGCGCUGUUGCUCCUCCUUCAAGGAGGCGUAGUUUUCUCCGACGAUGCCGGAGGCGGAGCUGGAAACAAAGUGGCCGGCGAAACCUCUUCGGGGCCGGUGUUCGUCAAGGAACCGCCCAAUCGCGUCGACUUCUCCAACACGACCGGAGCAGUGGUGGAGUGUUUGGCCAAAGGCAACCCGCAGCCGGACAUCAUCUGGGUUAGGGCUGCGGACGGGACUGCUGUCGGAGAUGUGCCAGGACUUAGACAGGUCUUAGCUAACGGAAAUUUGGUGUUCACACCCUUCAGAGCCGAAGAUUAUCGUCAGGAAGUCCACGCACAGGUCUACGCUUGCUUGGCCAAGAACACAGAAGGAUCUAUCACUUCUAGGGAUGUCAAUGUUAGAGCCGGAAACCACCACAAUGACACCAGUGUAGGAUGUGCAUCAAGGGAACGUGGAAACAUCGAGAGUGUGUAGUAAUAUUGAUUGGAACUCCCC